UCGCUGCGCUCCGCGAUCUGGUACCUCCCGGAGAUCUGGGUUCAAAUAACAAAGACAAUGUCGAGGCUGAGUAGCGAUACUGAGAUGGAGCUCAUCACCAGGUUGAGGCUCAACGCAGCAUCCGCCAGAUACGCAUUGGAGAUAUCGUGUGAAAGAUGAAGUUCAUCUCGCUGGGCUUCUGGGCCAUUGCGGCCUGCGUAACCCUGGUUUCUGCCGCCUCCUUUUCCAACCCUCUCAAGGCGGUCAACGGGUCCGACCCUCACAUUGUCUAUGACAAUGGUUAUUAUUAUCUGAUGACCACGACGUGGACGAACUUGCAGAUCACCCGGGCGAGAACCCUGGAAGGACUCAAGACUGGCCAGAACAAAGUGGUGUGGACAGAUUCGAAUUCAGCACGGUGCUGCAACGUCUGGGCCCCUGAGCUUCACAAGAUCAACAAUGUAUGGUAUAUCUACUAUACUGCAGGAAACAGCGCAAACCUGGAUGGCCAACGUAGCCACGUUCUCAGGGGCGGCGCUUCACCAUGGGACAGCUUCUCAUACGCCGGACAACUGACCCGUGACUGGGGCAUUGACGGGACCGUCCUCCGCUUCCCCAACCAAAACUACUUCGUCUGGUCGUGCUUCCCCAGGGCCAACUGGCAGUCGCUCUGCAUUGCGCCCAUGACCUCGCCCACGUCGAUUGGCGCGUCUCGCGUCCUCUCAGAGCCGACCCAGUCCUGGGAGCAAGCCGACAGGCCUGUCCAGGAGGGCCCCGCAGCGCUGUAUCAUGGCAGUAGCAUCUUCCUGGCUUACAGUGCCAGCUUCUGCUGGACCAGCAGCUAUCAGCUCGGUCUCUUGACGUACAAGGGCUCUGGUGAUCCGACGCUGGCCUCGAGCUGGGCUAAGUCGGGACCGGUUUUCAGCUCGGCGAAUGGCAAUUAUGGUACUGGGCAUAACGGGUUUUUCACGAGUCCUGAUGGCAAGGAAACGUGGAAUGUCUACCAUGCGACGGCCAUCAGCCAGGGAGCUUGUGACGGUAACAGAUAUACCGCCGCUAAAAGAGUGGAUUGGACCGCGGACGGCAAGCCAAUCUUUGGAAGGGCCGAUCGUGUAGGCACUGUUCUUGCUGGGCCGUCGGGCGAAUGACCGUCUGAGACUUUUUUUACUAUCCAUAACCGAGGAGUAUUGUUUGAUGAGGUCACUGGCACAGUUGUCGGAAUUCUAUGUUACAGUUGUUCUCAAAUUUCGAGCUCAAUGGAAGUGACAUACCGGUAGUAGUUGCCUA